ACACUUGCGCCGACGCUGGGCGCUGCCCCUGACCCUGCUGCCCGAGCUGCUCUUCCUGCUGUGUCUGUUCGGCUACCUGGUGGUGCUGAUCGUCUACAAGUGGGUGGCCUACACGGCCGCGGACUCCUGGCACGCCCCCAGCAUCCUCAUCCACUUCAUUGACAUGUUCCUCUUCACCAGCUCCCCCAGCAACCUGCCGCUCUACACGGGACAGGACAAAGUCCAGGACGUGCUGGUGGCCCUGGCCAUUCUCUGUAUCCCCGUCCUCCUGCUGGGGAAACCAGUCUACCUGUACGUCACCUCGAAGCGCCGACAGAGGCAGAGGGCCCGGCUGGACAGGUACACAUCUCUGACUGAGGAGACUGAGGCUUUAAUUAAUGUCGCAGAAGCUGAUAUUGAAAAUGCAGACGACGAUAGUGAUGAAACGGUGAACAUGGGGGACGUGUUUAUCAAGCAGGGCAUUCACACAAUUGAGUACUGUCUCAGCUGUAUCUCCAACACGGCGUCCUACCUCCGUCUCUGGGCUCUCAGCCUCGCUCACGCACAGUUAUCGGAGGUCUUGUGGUCGAUGGUGUUGAGACAGGCGUUCCGGAUGCCCGGCUACGCCUUCUCGGUCGCUGUGUUUGCUGCGUUUGCAUUCUUCGCCGUGCUCACCGUUGCAAUUCUCCUGGUCAUGGAAGGGCUGUCGGCCUUCUUACACGCCCUGCGUCUGCACUGGGUGGAGUUUCAGAGCAAGUUCUACUCGGGCUCUGGGGUCCUCUUCGUCCCUUUCUCCUUCUCCCUCCUGGACCUGGAGUCUCUGGGCCCAUGAGUCUCGCCCUGGCGCACGCACCCUCUCCCACCAGGGAGGAGGGGAGAUGGGGCGCAGGAUAUCAGUCGGCCCCAAUCCCACCCGAGCUUCGGAAAGUUUGUUUUCUUGCCGGUCGCCUCGCGAGCCGUGCCAAAUAAAACGGUCGUCUUUU